GUCGCCACGUCACGCCGCAAAGAAGCCGGCCCAGACCCAGACCAGACCAAGGAAGAAGAAGAAAGAAAUCCUCUGGGGAAAGCAAGCGAAGCGAGUGAGAGAGAGACCACCAACUCAACACAACACAACACAAAACAACACAACACAGUCCCUCCAACUCAAAACACUUGAUAGCCACUCCAUUCCACACAUAUCGGUGAAUCUGAGAUUGUGUGUGUGAGGUAUUUUUGGGGAAGCCAUGGAAGAAGAAGCAGAACAAGGCAUAUCCAAAUCACUGGCUGUGACUUCAUGUGCUGCUAUGGCCUUCUUCUACGUCGCCAUUCUCUACUCUCCCACUUUGAUCCUUCGCCUCCCACCGCCAAUCUCUUUCCAAAGCUUCCUGAUCCGACGCUUCAUAUGCGCCGCUGUUUCCUCCCUCCUCUCUCUCAUCUUCUGCGCUCUUAUCCUUCCCAUAAGAAGCUGGGAUGCAUCAUAUUUAUCUGGUGUUUACGGCAUCCGACUGGACCACAUGUGGCAAGCUGUGGUUUAUCCUGUUUCUUUGACUUCUCUAUUAUACGCUGGGUCUUUGGUCCUAAAGUCCAUGUCACUGCUAAAUUCAUGGAAGGAACAUUGGAAUGACAGUGAAGGUCACUCAUCCAACUGUAUGAAUAAUGUUUUGCAAAUGGUCAUCGGCAAAAUGUUUUCAAUUGUUUCCAAUGUAUCGGCUUGGCGUAAUUAUUUUGUGGCACCACUUACAGAAGAGCUGGUAUUUAGAGCAUGCAUGAUUCCUUUGCUUCUUUGUGGAGGAUUUAAAACAUACGGUGUCAUAUUUUUCUGCCCCAUUUUCUUUAGCUUGGCUCAUUUAAAUCAUUUCUUGGAGUUCUAUACCGAACAAAACCGUAGCUUGCUAAAAGCUUCCAUGGUUGUAGGUCUCCAGCUUGGUUAUACUGUGAUCUUUGGAUCGUAUGCAUCAUUUCUCUUCAUUCGGACGGGGCAUCUUAUUGCUCCAGUAGUCGCCCACAUAUUUUGCAAUUUUAUGGGCUUGCCUGUGCUGUAUUCACGAAGGAACGGGAUUGUGAGUUUUGCGUUUAUUGUUGGCGUGGCGGGUUUUUUAUGGCUUCUUUUUCCCGCUACAGAACCAGAUCUGUAUAAUGAUAGCAAAGAUAAUUGCUGGUGUUGGCAAAGAUAUUGUACUUGGAACUAAACUUGUACUAAUUGAAACUUCAAAAGAGG